AUGCUUCGUUACCUCUUGCUGCUAUUCUUGUUGGGCCUGGGAGCCCGGGUGGAGUCGCACGAGGAAUCGGGCCACUGGAGCUGCGACUCCGACUCCGAGAUCCGAGUCGAGGCCGAGUUCAAACCCGGCGUUAUUACACUGGAUGGCCACGCCGACGAUUGGAAGGACAUUGAUGGGUCCUACUUCCCCCUCCUCCCCGCCCUCGACCCUGACGCUGACAAGGAAUUCAAAGGCGGAAAGAUGAGCGUUAAGAGUGUGCAUGAUGGCCGCGAUAUCUUCUUUCUAUUGCAAGUCGACGGUGAUUAUGCUUACUCCAAAGGUGAAAGCAAAAAAUGCCCAUCUGUUGCUCUCAUGUUUCAGAUUGGAGACGGUGCCUCUUAUCAUGAUAUGGGUGGCUGUGAGGAACAUUCAACCUCGUGCACUAACAAGACCUGCAAAGGUCAUGAAGUUGACAUUAUGCACUUUGACAUAGGAAGUGCUAUUCCGGGACGGCUUUAUGGUGGCAAUCGCCUGGACAAUGGGAAUGGAAAUGGUGGCGACAGGUUUGGUCACUUGGUUGAUCUGUAUGCCUGGAAUCCACAUUGUAGAUACUUGGACGGAAUGGGUCCUCCUGGUUCUGCUAAUGACUCUAGUGCGCAGAAUGACUGGAAGGGUGCCUGGUGGCAUAGCAGCUUUACGGUUCACUCAGGUUUCGUAGAAGAUGAGAGUCCGUAUUCAGAUAAUGGAAAAAAGGGCACAUACUUUUUUGAAUUCUCCAGGCCUUUGAGGACUAUGGAUCAUCUUCAACAGGACGUGCAAUUUAACAUCGGUGGAUCCAGUAAGAUGUCUGUUGCAUUCUGGUAUCCAGUAGAUGGUCAGCCAUGGCAUGGUUCUGGACACUACUCUGUUAACUGUGAUUGGGUUCCCAUUGACAUAUCUGUUGGCGGUUCUUUGAGUGGCAAGUCAGUUGAUGCAGCUAGUAGCUCGUGGAAUGUGGCUAGUGCCUUUUCCGUUAUAUUAUCAGUAGCAGCACUUUGUGUGUCUGUGUUUGUGAGCUAUAGGGUGUUCAGUCCCCAUGUCUCCUUUACACCGUUAGGGAACGACAGUUCAAUCCCCAUGUCUACUUUACACCGUUAG